CUCCGGUUCGCUGCAUUCGAUAUCGAGCGGAAUCGAUUGUUCUUCGCUUCAUCCGCCAACUUGUUAUACACGACUCAGCUUCCUUCUUCGCCGAAUGUAGGAUCAGCUAGUAGAAUGUCUUCAGUGGUUGAGUCUAUGGAUUUGGAACCUGGAGACUUCAUUACUUCCAUGGAUUAUCUCAUGGAGAAAGAAUCACUGAUAGUGGGGACUUCUUAUGGACUUCUAUUGCUUUAUGCUGUUGAUGAUAAUGAAACAGAAAUUGUUGGUAGAGUGGAGGGUGGUGUCAAGUGCAUCUCACCUAGUCCAGAUGGAGAUCUUCUUUGUAUAAGUACUGGCUUUGGCCAAAUACUCGUAAUGACUCAUGAUUGGGAUUUGUUGUAUGAGACAGCCCUGGAGGACCAGCCCAAUGAUGUUGACAGUCCCAUUUCUUGGCGAGGUGAUGGAAAAUUCUUUGCAGCAUUAAGCAAGGUGCAGGACUCAUCUUCCUUGCAUAAGAGGCUUAAAGUUUGGGAAAGGGAUUCUGGGGUACUCCAUGCUGUUUCCGAAUCAAGGGCUUUUAUGGGAGCGAUUUUAGAUUGGAUGCCUAGUGGAGCAAAAAUUGCUGCUGUUUAUGACCAAAAAGAAGAAACAAAGAGUGCAUCAAUAGUUUUCUUCGAGAGGAAUGGAUUGGAAAGAAGCUCAUUUAGUGUCGAUGAGGGAAUUGAUGCAAGUAUAGAGACUUUGAAGUGGAACUGCAAUUCUGACCUUCUUGCAGCUAUUGUUAGAUGUGAAAAACAUGAAUCCCUCAAGAUCUGGUUUUUCAGCAACAACCACUGGUACUUAAAGCAAGAAAUUAGAUAUUUGAGGCAGGAUGGUGUUCGAUUUAUGUGGGAUCCUACAGAUCCGCUCCAGUUGAUUUGCUGGACUCUUGGUGGCAUGAUCAUAAUCUACAACUUUGUUUGGAUUACAGCUGUCAUGGAGGACUCAACAGCACUUGUCAUUGAUGGCUCCAAGAUACUAGUAACCCCACUUUCACUAUCCCUGAUCCCACCUCCUAUGUUUUCAUUCAACCUAAAGUUUUCCACUGCUGUUCAGGAUAUGGCUUUCAGUUCGAUGAGUUCUAAGAACCACUUGGCUGCAACUUUGUCGGAUGGCAAGUUGUGUGUUGUAGAGCUUCCUGCUCUAGAUACGUGGGAGGAACUGGAAGGAAAAGAAUUCUAUAUAGAAGCUUCGUCUUUUGAAACAGGAUUUGGAUCUCCUGCACACCUUGUGUGGUUGGAUUCGCAUAUGCUUCUCAGUGUUUCUCAGUUUAAUAUCGGACAUAGUAGUAACUCUCUGGAAACCUCAUCCAGCAAGGAUGGGCUUCCAGGAUAUUACUUGCAGGAAAUGGAGCUCGCAUGUUCUGAGGAUCAUAUCCCUGGUUUAGUUACAUGCUCAGGCUGGCAUGGAAAAAUUUCUAAUCAAAUCUCUCUUGACAGGCUAGUAAUUGGGAUUGUUUCUAAUCCUGCUAAAAGAUGCUCUGCAUAUGUUCAGUUUGACGGUGGAAAAGUGUUUGAGUAUACUUCAAAGUUGGGCAUCACAGGAGGAGUUCCUCUUCAGGAACAUGAUGAUAUGAGAUUCUCAUCAUCUUGCCCUUGGAUGGGUGUUGUUCCUGUUGAGGACCAUGGGAUGUCAAAGAUUUUACUUUUUGGACUUGAUGACAAUAAUAAGCUGCAUGCUAAUGGGAGAAUAUUAUGCAACAAUUGCAGCAGCUUCUCAUUUUACUUGAAUUCUGCUGACCAAGUAAUCACAAAUUUGAUUAUUGCGACUACACAGGAUUUGGUGUAUGUAAUUGACAUUAGUGAUAUUUUGCAUGAAAAUCUAGAAUCUAAAUAUGGUAAAUUCCAUCCUGUUCUCAGGAAAAGAAAUGGAGAAGACGACGGAGUCUUUAUAACUAUGUGGGAAAGGGGUGCCAAAAUUGUAGGUGUCUUGCAUGGAGAUGAAUCUGCGGUUAUAUUGCAGACAACUCGUGGAAAUCUAGAAUGCAUCUAUCCAAGAAAAUUGGUUCUGGCCUCAAUUGUCAAUGCUUUGGUCCAAGGGCGUUUCAAAGAUGCACUGCUUAUGGUAAGGCGGCACAGGAUAGAUUUCAAUGUUAUUGUUGAUCACUGUGGUUGGAAAACCUUUGUUCAUUUGGCAGCAGAAUUUGUCAGACAGGUAAAUAACCUGAGCUAUAUAACUGAGUUUGUUUGCUCCAUGAAGAAUGAAAACAUGAUGGAAACGCUGUACAAGAACUAUAUAUCCCUACCAUCCAUAAAGGAUGAUAAGGUUCUGGAAUCUGGAGGCUUAAUGGGUUAUGAUGGUAAUAGCAAGGUCAAUUCUGUCCUGUUGGCCAUAAGGAAGGCUCUUGCGGAGCAAAUAGUGGAAAAUCCUGCCAGAGAGCUUUGCAUAUUGACCACCCUAGUUCGAAGUGAGCCCCCAGCUCUUGAAGAAGCUUUGAAGAGGAUAAAAGACAUUCGAGAAAUGGAACUGUCAGGUUCUGAUGACCCAAGGAAAAUAGCAUAUCCAUCUGCUGAGGAAUCUCUGAAGCAUCUUUUGUGGUUGUCCGAGUCUGAGGCUGUUUAUGAAGCUGCUUUAGGUCUUUAUGAUUUGAACCUUGCAGCUAUUGUUGCAUUAAAUUCACAGCGGGAUCCAAAGGAGUUUCUUCCGUUCCUACAAGAGCUGGAAUGUAUGCCAACUCUGUUAAUGAAAUAUAAUAUUGACCUUAAACUGCAAAGGUAUGAGAAUGCUCUCAGGAACAUUGUUUCGGCAGGAGAUGGUUAUUUCGAAGAAUGUAUGAACCUCAUGAAGAGUAAUCCCCAACUAUAUCUCCUAGGACUUCAACUAAUCACUGAUCCUGCUAAGAGGAGGCAAGUUCUAGAAUCCUGGGGGGAUCAUCUAAGUGAAAUAAAAUGCUUUGAGGAUGCUGCAACAACGUAUUUAUGUUGUUCAUGUUGGGAAAAAGCGCUGAAGGCCUAUCGUGCUGGUGGGAACUGGGGUGGUGUGCUGACAGUUGCUGGUCUUAUUAAACUUGGAAAAGAGGAGAUUAUGCAACUGGCACAUGAGCUCUGUGAAGAACUCCAAGCCCUUGGUAAACCAGGGGAAGCAGCCAAAAUUGCCUUGGACUACUGUGGAGAUGUCAACAGCGGGAUUAGGCUUUUGGUCAGUGCAAGGGAUUGGGAGGAGGCUCUGAGGAUUGCUUUUCUGCACAGGAGGGAUGAUUUAAUCUCAGAAGUAAAGAAUGCAUCUCUCGAGUGUGCCAGCAUACUGAUUGGUGAAUAUGAGGAAGGGUUGGAGAAAAUAGGUAAGUACGUGGCACGCUACUUAGCAGUCCGACAGCGAAGAUUAUUACUUGCAGCAAAGCUUAAGGCAGAUGAGCGGUCAUUAAAGGAACUUGAUGAUGAAACUGCUUCCGAAGCUAGCAGUAGCUUUAGUGGGAUGAGUGCAUACACCACAGGAUCAAGAAAGGGUUCAACUGCUUCUAUAAGCUCAGGUACCUCUAGCAAGGCAAGAGACAUGAGGCGUCAGAGGAAUAAAGGAAAAAUUCGUGCUGGCAGGUAUUUUUUUUUUCAAUUCAUUACAAAACAUUUUUCUGUUGUUUUUCACUGCUAUCUGCUACAUUCUCAUGGGUGGUUAAAUAAACUGUCAUCUAGCCCUGGUGAGGAGAUGGCCUUGGUAGAGCAUUUGAAGGGGAUGUCUCUUGUCGCUGGAGCAAAAUGUGAGCUUAAGUCUUUGUUGCUCUCCCUCUUGAUGCUUGGCAAGGAAGAUAUUGCAAGGAAGUUACAAAGGAUUGGAGAAAACUAUCAACUGUCUCAAAUAUCAGCAGUAAAACUUGCUGAAGAUGCAAUGUCAAGUGACAGGGUAGAUGAGCAUACAUAUUCUUUUGAGCAUUAUAUUCAGAAAGUCAAAAAAGAAUUGCAACUUUCAGAGGUUUUCACUUGGCAAUCUAAAGUAUUGCUUUCACCGUAA